AGUAACGUUUCUAAACUAUAAUAACAAGAGAAACGCGUUUUUUGAUGUAUACUUUUCUAAGGUUACUUUCCUGCUCGUGUUAAAGGGGAGUUAAAUUGCAGCCCGAGGCGGAUACACGGUAACGGGGCUGGGCGGGCGGCGGGGUGUUUUUUAAGGAGGCUCGUGUAUUCGGUGCAGUACGGUAAACGCUGUGGGUGACGCUGCACUGUGGCCGCGCUGUGUGUCCGCUGUAGUAAGUACUCUUGUGGAGAUUCCAGAGCGCAGGGCGGAGUCAGCGUUUCGGUUUUAGGGCUGUUGAAGCGGUUUUCGGGUUAAAACCCGUCCCGGACUCUGCGUGUCAGCAGCGGGAGCGCGUGUGAGCGGAAUGGCUACUAAACGUAGAGGCGAGCAGAGCGCGGAGGAGCGGGGCUGUAACUCCGUUAAACGGAAGCGAGCGGAGAGCGGCGCUGAGCGGGAGAGACACACGGCCGCGGUGAUCCUGGCCCGCGGCGGCAGUAAAGGCAUUCCCCUCAAGAACAUCAAGAUGCUGGCGGGGGUCCCGCUGAUCGGCUGGGUGAUCAGAGCCGCGCAGGACUCCGGAGUUUUCCACAGUAUUUGGGUGUCCACAGACCAUGACGAGAUUGAGAGGGUUGCAAAAAAGUGGGGAGCACAAGUGCACAGACGGAGUCCAGAAGUGUCCAAAGACACAUCAACCUCCCUGGAAACCCUUCAGGAGUUCUCCAGACUUAACCCAGAUGUGGAUAUAAUCUGCAACAUCCAGGCUACCUCUCCAUGCCUUCACCCAUGCCACCUGAAGCAGGCCGUGGAGAUGAUGACAGGGCAAGGAUACGACUCUGUCUUCUCUGUUGUUCGCCGACAUCACUUCCGUUGGCAAGAGGUGAAAAAAAGAGAAAACACCUUCACCAAACCUCUGAACCUGGACCCAUCGAGGAGACCCCGACGCCAAGACUGGGAUGGAGAGCUCUGUGAGAAUGGAUCCUUUUAUUUCGCCACCAAAGAGCUUGUGGGCAAUGGACUUUUGCAGGGAGGAAGAAUGGCUUACUUUGAGAUGCUGCCUGAGUACAGCGUUGAUAUUGAUGUUGACAUAGACUGGCCUGUAGCGGAACAAAGAGUUCUGAGGUUUGGUUACUUUGGCAAAGAUCAGCCGGAGCUGGUGCGGCUGCUUCUGUGCAAUGUGUCAGGCUGUCUCACUGAUGGACAGCUCCAUAUGUCUGUGGGUGGACUGGAGAUGGUGUCCAUUCACAACAGGGAUUUGGCUGGUAUCCGCAUGCUUAAAAAUGAAGGCAUGGAGGUGAUCCUUAUCUCCUCCAGUGACAACCCAAUACCAGUGGCCUUGGCAGAUAAAUUGUCCCAGCAAACAAAAUGUGAACUGAGACAUUUUAAAGAGCAAAAGCAAGUGGAGGUGGAGAGACUGAUAGUGGAGAAGAAUCUGGGGUGGAAAGAGGUGGCUUAUCUAGGAAAUGAUGUGCCAGAUGUGGACUGCUUGAACCUGGCCGGUAUAAGUGCUGUGCCCAUGGACUCCCCUAUGGUGGUGCUAAAUGCUGCUAAUUACACAUGCCAGUCACGGGCAGGCCACGGAGCGCUCCGGGAGUUCAUUGAGCACAUUUUGCAACUGAAAAAGAGUGCCCAGUGCCGGUCUGAAGUACAGUCACCAAUGUGAAGCUUACAUGGAACCAAAAGUUACAGAAGCGUUUUAUUGCAAUUAUGCCAAUUUUAACUUUGUUAUAAACAUUAAUGAAAAGUGUAUUAGGUACUAAAAUUGACGGAAUUAAGAAAGUAAGGUCACAUAGGUUCUGAAUAAUCCUCUGUACAUUGUUUAGAGAUUCUGUUUUAGGUCUGAUUAUGAUGAUGAUAAUAAUAAUAAUAAGUCAUUAAUGAUUUUUUUUUAACGAAGUUUAUGAUUUUACACAAAUGCUGACAGAUCAAUCCUACAAAUUAUUUUAUUUCAGAGUUUUUGACUCUUUUACUUUUCACAAGUAUCACAAUCAGUCUUCUAUAUUAACACUAAUGAUUUAGGUCAAACAGCAGUUUUAUGUUUAUGAUGUAGGCUACACUUUUUAGGUCAAAGAAGGACUCUUGACUGUUACUGUUCUGAUCAGUGUUGAGUUGAAGAUACUGAAUCCUGAGUUCAGUGUUACAUUGUUAAUUUAUUUUGAAUAUAUGGACAAAUCUACUAUGCAUUGUUAUUUGUUACAUGUAAUUUUUUUUUGGACCGUGAUUUCUGUUUUGUUGUUGCUUUGUUUAGAACUAAUCAUAUUUGUAUUCCUUUUAUUUUCUUUUAUUAUAUAUGUUUUGUGAAAUGAAUCAUGUGAUCACGUUGAAUGUGCAUUAGGAUCAAUGGAUGGAAGCAACACUCUCUCACACACCAAAAGUUCCAGAUGUGGGUCAAUAUUUAUAUUAAACUGAUCUUUAUAAGAGUGAUUGUAUGUAUUACUCUCAAUGUCACGUUUCCUGUGUUUCAGUUUUCUGUUAUUAUUGGUUUCUGAACUGUGAAGAACUCAUGCACACUCAUUAAAACAGGCUCUGUACAGAUGUAAAAAUAA